AUGGGUGACGAAAGCGCUACUCUCCACACGAUCCGCCUGUAUUGCGGCCUCCCUUUCGUUCCGUUUCCGGAUGAUUAUCCUGAAUACGUCCCUGCCAAGCUGAUAGCGGCCUAUUACGAAAAGUAUGCUCGCGAUCUCCAGCUUCCGGUCUUUACUUCCCGCAAUUGCGUUCAAGCCGCAUUUGACAAUGAUGAUGAGCUCUGGACGGUCAAAAUUGAGGGCCCGAACGGGAUUGAGAUGAUCAGGGCGCGAAGUUUGAUAUUCUCCAUCGGAGUCGGUGGCCGACGGCCGACGCUGCCCAACAUCCCAGGUCGGCGCUCCCCGCAGGAAUCAUUUGCAGGUGAGUGGAUGCACUCGGCGUCAUACACGGAUGCGUCGGGCUGGGGCGGCAUGCGCGUGGCCGUCAUUGGCGCCAGCACGACUGGCUGCGACGUCUCGCACGAUGCGUCUCGUGCUGGAGCCGACAUCACAAUGAUCCAACGAAGCGCCACGCGGAUAUACCCUCAAUCGCACAUCGCCGGGGUGCUGGGUCGCUUGUGGAACAAGCAGAAUGGUCCGGAGUUGGCGGAUGUCCUCUCGACGGAGGAUCCUAUCAUUCUGCAGGCGACGCUGAAUCAGUUGAUGCUCGGUCGGUUCCGGGAUGCGCAUGACCCCGCAUACUACGACAACCUUCGCAAGGCGGGGUUUUUGAUGAAGCUCGACGGGCCGCAAAUUUUCGUCCAAGGCGGCGGACAUUACCCUGAUGUGAGCAAGCCACGGAUGCGAUACAAAAUUGUUCAUGAAUUGCAGAUUGGAGCCUGUGAAGCUAUCAUCAACGGUGAAAUCAAAAUCAAGUCCGACACGACCAUCACCGAGGUCACAUCGUCCGGGCUCGUCUUCUCAGAUGGAUCAAAACUUGACGUGGAUGUCAUUGUUUAUUGCACGGGCUUCGAGAAAGAUAUGCGCGGGGCCAUCUCCGAUAUCGUGCAGAAGGACUUGGUCAGCAGUCUGGAACCCGUCUGGGAGCAGGCUGAAGGUGAAGCUCGCGGAGUCUGGCGGCCGACCGGAAACGACAAGUUGUGGAUUCAUGGCGGAGAAUUGCAGACAAUGCGGUAUUACGGACGAUUUUUAGCCCUUCAAGUCGUAGCCGAGCUGGCUGGCGUGCGACCGACUCCAGCAAGACGCGCUGAGCUCGUGUAA